GGACGUGCGCACUCAGCUCAGGAGGCUGAACCUUCGGAAGGCGGCAGGUCCGGACAGAGUUUCCCCUGCCAUCCUGAAGCAUUCUGCUGCUGAGCUGGCUCCAGCGUUCACUGACAUCUUCAAUGCUUCCUUGGUGUCCUGUCAUGUACCUGCCAGCUUUGAGUCCUCCAAUACCAUCCCUGUUCCCAAGAAGGCCAGGAUCACAGGACUGAAUGACUACAGACCGGUGGCACUGACGUCUGUGGUCAUGAAGUCCUUUGAGCGCCUGGUUCUCUCUCACCUGAAAUCUAUCACUGCUUCUCACCUGGACUCAUUGCAGUUUGCCUACAGAGCCAACAGAUCUGUGGACGAUGCAGUGAACCAGGCCCUUCAUUUUGUUAUGGAGCAUCUGGACUGCCCAGGAACCUAUGGCAGGAUCCUGUUUAUGGACUUAAGCUCUGCCUUUAACAAAAUUCUUCCAGCUCUGCUUGAAUACAAGCUUCGCCAGCUUGACGUGCCUGACUCCCUCUGUAGAUGGAUUACAGACUUCCUGACCAGCCGAAGUCAGUGUGUGCGGCUGGGGACGACUGUCUCCGACACUCGGACCCUCAUCAUCGGGUCUCCUCAGGGCUGUGUUCUCUCUCCGUGGCUCUUCUCUAUGUACACUAACUGCUGCACCUCCAGCCACGAGUCCAUGAAGCUGAUCAAGUUUGCGGAUGACACCACCAUCAUCAGGCUCAUCUCAGAUGGAGAUGAGUCGGCUUACAGGAGGGAGGUGGAGCGGCUAAUGUCCUGGUGCAGCUACAACAACCUGGAGCUCAACGCCCAGAAGACAGUGGAGAUGUUCAUAGACUUCAGGAGAGUAACAGUUUCUCUGUCCCCUCUCAUGUUGGCUGGUUUACCUAUUCCUAUUGUGGACUCCUUCUGCUUCCUGGGAACCACCAUCACUGAGGACCUCAAAUGGGAGCCAACCAUCAGGUCCCUCAUCAGGAAGGCCCAGCAGAGAAUGUUCAUUCUGAGGCAGCGACGGAAACUACAACUGCCGACGAAGUUGCUGGUGGAGUUCUACACAGCCAUCAUCCAGUCCAUCCUCACCUACUCUAUCACCGUCUGGGGGUUAUCAACAUUUCUUUUACCUGGUUUGAAACCCAGCUUAUCCCGGGCCGAAAAGGCGUUUGCCGAAUGUGGACGUGUGUGUGCGGAGCUCCUGAGAUAGAGUUGACUUUUCUCCCUCAGAUCUUUAUAAAAAAAAAACGACUGAACACAAAGGUGCUGGAGUACUUUAUUUUCUUUUGCUUU